AUGUCAAAAGACUACUACGAAUACGAAGAGUCCAUCCGUCGCCGGCGUGAUUUUUCUCCAGACAAUUACUCUGGCGGUACCCCGAACCCCCAACAGCAAGGUCCUCCUCCUGGCAUUCCUCCCUACGCUUCAACAUCUCGUCUCGAUGAUCCGUACUAUGGAGGCGCGCCUCCUCCAAGAGAGCGCAUGACUCUUGAGCCUCCCGAGCAGCAGAACCGCCCACGCUCUGUCCCGCCCAACACCGCCAUGGUCCGGCGCAACCGAUCUCGCUCUCGUCCUCCUUCCGAUGAUGACGAUUAUGAUGAUAGACGCAGCUCGCAAAACCGUUCACCAAGUCCUAUUACUCGCGCUCGCAAUGUGGUUGAUGAUAACUUCUCACACUCUGCAUCUGGUAUAGGCGCCGGCCUUUUGGGCGCUGUUGUUGGCGGCCUCGUAGCUCGUGAAGCAACCGAGGCUGCGACUCGCCGCAAGCACAAAUCCCGUGGCUACGAUGAUGAUAAUGAGGAUCGCACUCGCCUCGUUUCUACCAUUCUCGGCGCCGUGGCUGGCGGUCUUGGUGCCAAUGCUCUUGCCAAUCGUGUAGAGGAUUCCAGAGAGCGUGAUCGACGUCGCCAACAGGAGUGGGAGCGUGAGCGUAGCUAUGUAAGAGAGGAAGAGAUGCCUCGGUAUGAGCGACGGAGAUCCGGCGACCGGGGCCGGGAUCAAGACCGAGAACGGGACCGGGACAGAGACGAUGGCCGCGGGGGCCGUGAGCGCUACGACCGCAGCAGAGCGCUUGCGCAGAAUGAUGAUGAAGACUAUGACUUUGUUUAUGAUGAUCCGCGAUAUGAAGACAAAGAACCCCGACAACGCAGGAGCGAAGAUGGCUAUCGAUAUCGCCAAUGA